AUGACAGUUGGUCGGAAAGGCCACCGCACCGAGGAAUUUGACGAUGACAAUAUCUCUGACAAUAGUGACGGGUCAUCGCCACCGACAGUACCGUCUUCAAGCCAGUUUGCAACGCACAGCGGCUCCAACAACGCCCAGCAAGAGGCUAACCUCCCGUACCGGAUGUCACCACAACCCUGUACACUUCCGAGCUUCGAGACCUUCAUUCGAGACACUUUCCACCAGCGCAGUACGUCGUCGCCAGGAUCCUUAGUGGGUGGAGAUGUGGACGAUGGCACAAAAGAGGUACAUCUGCCAAACAGUAACAGAUCGUUACGGACACUCUCUGGGUCGUGGCUGAGAGACGUUGGAGCCACUAGCACAUAUCUCGAGCCUGUGGCUCGAGAUCCACCCAAUCAAUUUGGUGUCCUUCAAACUCCAUCCGAUCGGCAGGGAAACCCUUCAACUUUGAGUCCUAAGCCCCUGUCUAUUAGGCCUGCUGACCCUUCUCAGACACGAGGGGACGCGCUGAGACACUGA